AUGAGCAGUGGAUCAGGAUCAGGAUCAGGCAGGUUGCCAUCAUUGAGUAGUGGUAGUGGUAGUGGUAGUGGCAGUGGUGCUGGUAAACCAUCUUUGAAGUUCAAACCUAAGGCUGUUGCGAGAAGGACUAAGGAGGAGAGAGACGCUAGUGCUCCGAAGGUAAAUGAAGAGGCUAACUCUCAUAAUAAUGAUAAGAAGAAGCCUGGUAUGAAUCGUAAGCCUGGAGGUCAACAGCAGAGGAGAGUUCCUAAGUAUCUUGCAAACACUCAUGUUAUUACCAGUGGUCCGUUGGCAGCUGGUAAUUUUACAGGUGGUGGUAAAGAUAUGAUGAGGAGAAAUUUUGCAAAGUCUGAUACCUAUGCUAAUUCUAUGAAUAAAGGUGACGACGAAGAUGCAUUGGUUAGUGGUAUCAAUAAGAUUAACAUGGGUAAGGAAUAUUCUAUAAAGAACAGCAGUGAGAGCGAUUCCACUGAGGAAAGUUCAGAAAAUGAAGGGUUCGCCAACAGUAUGGGUGAAUUGUUCCCAAUCACUCCAUUGCGUAUUAAACAUGAAGAUGUCGAUGGAUUACAGAGAGAAAUUACUACUGAGACGUUGCAUGAAGAGCCAGCUCCAGUUCCAACUCCUGUCGCAGAAGAAACUCCUGCUGUUGAAAAAUCUGUCAAGAUAGAAACAGAUGCAACCGGGUUGAAUGAAACACUAGAGGCAAGAGAAACGUUGCUAAAGGAAAAACUUAAAUUGAAAUCCAAACACGUUGAAUUAGAACCAUCAGAUCCUAUGGGUUUACAGAGCGAAAAUAAGACAAUGAAUGACGAUUACGAAUAUAUCAGCAACAAACUAGUGUCACUGGAAAAGGAUGCCUAUAAAUAUUUAUUGUUCCAAUUACCACCAAAGUUGCCUAUGUUUACAGAUGAAACUGAAACCAAAAGUGAAGAGACUGAAGGACAAGAUGUAGAGAUGAAGGAACAAGAAGAAGCAAAUGAAGAUGAGGAAGUAGAAGGAGAAGAAAAAACUACUGAAGCAAAGACUAGUGAAGAAAAAUCUACCAAACCAGCAAAACCUGAAAUAAUAAAACUGGAAACGUCCAAUCCAACAGGUAAAAUUGGUUUCGUCAGAAUACACAGAUCUGGUAAGAUGACAGUUAAGAUAGGGAAAGUAGUUAUGGAUAUCGGCAAAUCAGCAGAAGCUACAUUCUUACAAGAACUAGUCGCUCUCGAUGAUUCAGAAGAGUCUCCAUCGGUAAGAGUAUUGGGUCAAGUUGAAGGAAGAGUCGUCGUCACCCCAAAACUAGAACUCUAG